UUUUAUCCAAGUUUUCCAUGGGAACCAUGUAUGUGUGUCUGGCUUUUUCUCUCUCUCAUGCGGACACCUGGAAGGUGGGGCUCCGGCAAGCCAACCCCUCUGGCUGGUUAUUUCCUAACUCACCUGGGCUUGCCGAACAGGUUUGAAAGUCUACAGGUAAGUCCGAAAGCAGGAGUAGGCACCAUCGAUUUUUGUUUUAAAACCUUGUUCUACCAGGAACAGCCGUCCGAGAUCCCCAUCCAGAUUAUCCGAGCAAAUUCAAUUUUGUUUUUUCCUCCCCGGGUGAACGCUGAGUGUGAAAUGGGAUGUUGGAAAGAACGACUGAGUGAAGCCGAUAGCGAUAAGUGACAAGACACUGCCAGAUCCAUGUUUCCGACACUCAAAAUCAAAGUCCAACGCAGUAAGAUGCAGAGAGCCGACAGUUUCCUGGGCAGCCACUUCCAUUUUGUAAUUCCAACGACAGUUAUUUAACCAUCUUGGAUAAUCGGUACUUUCAGAAAAGAAAAUCUGAUCAUGGACAUCUAGCUUGUUUAACCCUGCAGGAGAUGCAAAGCUGUUGAACAGCAACUUGGAGUGUCUCAAAAAAAGGUUAGGGGCCCAAGAUGGCAGCGGUUGCUCCUUCUGAGGAAAUGGGGAUGGUGGUCUUGAGAAAUGACUCUUUCGGGAACCGAGCAGCCCCAAAUUAUACCCAACACAGUUUUGAGAAUCCCAAGAUGACUUUGCCAUGGGAUCAAGGCAAGGAAAGCGUGAUGAUUGAGACACUGGAAGCAGACCCAAGGCCUAGUCCUGAAGGAAGCCGAGGAGAGGCUACCGUGGGUCCUGCUGUGGAUGAUGAUGAUGAUGAUGAAGCUUUCGCCCGAUUCCCUUCCACCGUGACCGCCAAAGAAGAGGACAAUGACAGCAGCAACGGGACGCCCAAGGUGGCAUCUCAUGUCUUCAUCCCCAUUGACCCUCGUUGCAUCGAACGCCCUCCGACGCAGAACGAACACAAAAAGAAGCAACGGGAACGCGAGGAGGAGAUCAUGCAUUGCGAGAAAGAGAAAGGAGACCUCGAGAAGCAGAACUUCAUUUCCCGUGGCUACUCGUCCCGCUUUGAUGACUCGCCCGGUUACAACGGAGAGCCGCCGAAGAAGAGGCAUGCCGAGAAGCUGCCCUGUCUACAGAACGGCAACUGUAGCUCGGGCAAACUCAAGGCGGUCGCCUCCAUGACGACAGCCAUGGUCAUUUUUCCUUGUCUCCUUUAUGGCGCAUAUGUCUUCCUGCCCUUUGACGCACCACUAAUGCCAACCAUGAGUUCUCGCCUGGUUUAUACGCUUCGUUGUGGGGUUUUUGCCACGUUCCCAAUCAUAGUAGGAAUGGUUGUGUACGGGGUGUCCCGGCUCUGCUUCUCCUCCUUGCAGGCUUUCGACGAAUUGCACAGGGAGGUGGAAAUCCACCGGCACUACGUCUCCCAGUCCGUGCAGCUCUUCAUCCUGUACUUCUUCAACAUCGCCGUCCUCUCCACUUAUCUGCCCCAAGAAGCCCUGAAGCUCAUCCCCCUUCUGACAGCGCUCUUUGCCAUUUCACGACUUUUCUACUGGCUGGCCUAUGCGAUGGGCCGUUCCUUCCGCGGUUUCGGCUUUGGCUUGACAUUCCUGCCACUCCUUACCAUGCUACUGUUCAACCUCUACAGUAUGUUCCUUGUGGAUUCGGAGAGCAUGUUUGCCACAGGAGACAAUAAUGGUGGGUCUCCCACUGAGAAGGAGCAACAUUUGGCAGGCUCUAAACCACGAUAUUGGGGAUGAGGAAGUGGACAGUGAGAAGUCCUCUGAGCCAGAAGACGAGUCGGUGGCCCUUAUUGACUGGCAGAUGGGUUCCCUCUGUUGCAAAAGGAUUGAUCCUGUUCCUAACAAAACGGAAAUAUUACUUGGCUACUCAGUGGGUGCCCUUCCCACUUCCGCUUCCCAGUUCUACAGAUAACUGGAGCUCAAAAGAGUAAAUGAAAACUCCUUAAUGACAAGAAAGGUUUGUCACCGUUUGCCCCCCUCACCCUCAAUGGUGAGACCAAACUGUGCCCCAAUAUUCAAGCUACUCUAUCUUCGUGGGAAAAGCAAAACUUAGAAACCAAGGAAUAAAAUAUAUCCUUAUUGCUUAGAAAAUGUGAAGAGAGUCCACUUAUAAGGAACAGCGCCUAUCAUCGAAUGAGCUACCAAAAAAGCUGGAGAGAAGCUGUGAAGAAAUUAAAGAUUUGGCAAUGUGAAAUAAAUAAUUCAGUUUCUGGUCUCUUC